AGAAUUCAAGCAGGAAGGGCAAAAGAAGGGCAUGCACUACUAGCUCUAUCUAUUUAUGUAAGCACACCACCCUCUUCCGCUGCUUCCUUCAUAUACCUCUCACCAAAAUAAGGCCGUUGAGAAAGAAAAACUAUGGCUUCCGAGAAGGUCGAGACGGUCGUUGCCGGGAACUACGUCGAGAUGGAGCACGAAGAAGGCGACUCCAAGUCGACGAAGAGCAAACUGUCGAAACUGUUCUGGCACGGCGGCUCGGUCUAUGAUGCCUGGUUCAGCUGUGCUUCUAACCAGGUGGCUCAAGUGCUGUUGACACUGCCCUAUUCAUUCUCACAACUGGGAAUGUUGUCUGGGAUUCUGUUUCAGCUGUUCUAUGGUCUGAUGGGGAGUUGGACUGCUUACCUCAUAAGUGUGCUUUAUGUUGAGUACCGAACCAGGAAGGAGAGAGAGAAAGUUGAUUUCAGAAAUCAUGUCAUUCAGUGGUUUGAAGUGCUUGAUGGAUUACUAGGGAAGCACUGGCGGAACAUAGGCCUCCUGUUCAACUGCACAUUCCUGUUAUUUGGAUCUGUAAUCCAAUUAAUAGCUUGUGCAAGUAACAUAUACUACAUAAACGACAACCUAGACAAAAGGACAUGGACAUAUAUAUUUGGGGCAUGUUGCGCGACAACCGUGUUCAUCCCUUCUUUCCACAACUACAGAAUAUGGUCGUUCUUGGGCCUCAUGAUGACUACUUACACUGCAUGGUAUCUCACCAUUGCUUCCCUUAUCCAUGGCCAGAUUGAGGGAGUGAAGCAUUCAGGUCCAACCACAAUGGUUCUUUACUUCACUGGAGCUACCAACAUCCUGUACACCUUUGGUGGACAUGCUGUGACAGUGGAGAUCAUGCAUGCAAUGUGGAAGCCACAGAAGUUCAAGCUCAUAUACUUGAUGGCCACACUCUAUGUGUUGACCCUGACUCUACCCUCAGCCUCAGCUGUCUACUGGGCCUAUGGGGACUUGCUCCUCACUCAUGCUAAUGCUCUCUCCCUCCUCCCAAAAACCAGGUUCAGAGACACUGCUGUGAUCCUCAUGCUCAUUCAUCAGUUUAUAACAUUUGGGUUUGCAUGCACACCGCUCUACUUCGUGUGGGAGAAGUUUUUAGGGGUGCACAGCACAAAGAGCCUGUUCAAGAGGGCCAUAGCCAGACUCCCAGUGGUGAUCCCAAUCUGGUUCUUGGCCAUCAUCUUCCCUUUCUUCGGUCCCAUCAACUCCACUGUCGGUUCUCUCCUCGUCAGCUUCACCGUCUACAUCAUCCCUGCAAUGGCUCACAUGGUCACUUUUGCCUCUCCCUCAGCCAGAGAGAAUGCUGUGGAGAGACCACCAUCAUUCCUGGGAGGUUGGGCUGGUUUGUUCUCUGUGAACAUAUUUGUGGUGGGAUGGGUGUUGGUGGUGGGGUUUGGGUUUGGAGGGUGGGCGAGCAUGCUCAACUUCAUUCGCCAGAUCGACACAUUUGGUCUCUUCACCAAGUGUUAUCAGUGCCCUCCUCACAAAGCUUGAGUUCAUCAUCACUAGAUUCUUCACCCCAUUUUGAGCGAGCAAAACAGAGGGUUUUUAACAGGAUACAUAUGUAAGUGUGUAAAGAGAUUGGCAUUUGUAACUUUGCAACCUUUUUUUUUUUUUUGGCUAAUUUUUUUGGGAUUGUAAGACUAUGCUCAUUGAUGGGUUCAGACAAGGUGCUAUAGUGGUGGCUCUCUUGUAUUUCAGCAGCACCUUUACAGUCGUGUGUUCAUCAGCCUUUCGUUUGAGAAAUCUCAAUCUCUGGUUCAGAUUGAUGUCAA